AUUGAAUGAGGUUACUCGAUUGUAUAGGAAUAGGAAUAGUAUAGGAAUAAGGAGGACUAAGAUAUCAAUCUCGAUAGGUAUAAAUACGAUACGAUCGAGGCAUCCUACAAACCAGAGAAAUGGGUGGUGGUUCUAAUGCUACUCUGUCUGGGCACAUACAUGCACAUACAUCUUGGCUAAGGUUCUUUAACGUAAUCGUGGCCUCUUGCUUCACCAUCACCAGUAACAAAUGCAUUAGUUAUCGAAGCCAUAUCUCAAUAUUAUUUCUUAAUUAUCAAUGAUAUUUGGUUUAUCGCAAUAACGUCUCAUCAUGAUGCGCUUACAGGUCCGUCGCAUUGUGGUCGUCGCCAUCAUUUUCAGCGCGACAAUUGCAUACAUUCUGUACUCUCAAACCAAUUAUGUCACGUGGCCUCACACUGAGCCGGAUGAUUCAGUUAUUCAUGAACCAUCAUGGGAUUCACCCCCCAAGACAAAUCCCGAGUUAAAGGUACCAGAUUCAAGUUCAUCAAUCCCACCAUCAGAUGAUGAAAUGCAACAGGAUGCUGCUGCUUCAUCAAAUCCCUCAUCGAAUAAUGAAGUAGGGACUACACAGACUGACGAGGCUCCCAUCAAGGAAAAUGAACACAAACAACCAGAUGAGAAAAUCCCUGAUAUCGAUACUGAUCAGGAUUCCAAACUUCUUUCCGAUGCAACCUCAACGCCGGUGCCCAUUGUACCACCUGUUACGUGCCCAAGUUACGCAGAGAUUCAGAUGGUGAAACAAGAUCCAUUAUCUGAAGGACAUAGGAAAUUUCCUUAUUCUCGUCCUGCACCAGAAUGCCGAACGUUCAAUCUCCCUUCAUUAGAAAAGCUCAUUGAACAGAUGAAAACAAUUAUCAAGGAUCCCGAUCUUUUCCGGCUUUUCGAGAACAGUUAUCCAAAUACUUUGGAUACCACAAUUAAAUGGAGGGGAUAUGCAAACCAGAUUGACCCUGUUACCAAAAACGAGACAGCCACAGAUGAAGAGCUCACAUUUGUCAUCACUGGUGAUAUCGAUGCAAUGUGGUUACGGGAUUCAGCAUCUCAAAUUUAUUCAUAUCUUCCAUUGCUCGAAGCGUCUGACAAUCGAGAUUCCCUUGCAAGUCUAUGGCGAGGACUUAUCAAUCUUCACGCAAGAUAUAUUAUCAUCUCACCAUACUGUCAUAGUUUCCAGCCCCCGCCAGAGUCUGGUCUCCAACUCCAACACAACGGAGCAUAUACUCAAAACCAUCCCAUUCCACCUUAUGAUCCCAAGAAAGUCUUCGACUGUAAAUGGGAACUUGAUUCCCUAGCCUCCUUCCUCCAAGUUUCUACGGCCUAUUAUCAACGAACAAACGACCUAUCAUUCUUCCAGAAAUAUUCUUGGAUUGACGCUGUGUCCGCAGCCGUAGACGCUGCUGGUGCAAUGAGACUCGGUACUUAUUCACCAGAAGGCAAAGUCCAAAAGUCCGCAUGGUCAUUCACCGGCUGGACAAAUCGUGGCAGCGAAACACUAACAAAUGACGGUUUGGGUAACCCUACCAAACAAAAUGGGAUGGUAAGAAGUGCAUUCCGUCCUUCAGACGAUGCAUGCAUAUACCAACUAUUUGUUCCCGGAAACAUGAUGUGGGCAAAAUAUCUCGAAGGAGCAUCUCUUAUUAUGGAAAAAUUGGACGGCAAAAAGGCUGCUAAUCUCACCACAUCCAUGCGAGAACAAGCAUUCGGAAUCCGGAAAGCCAUAGAUCGCGAUGCUAUAACUCAUCAUCGUCAGUUUGGCGAUAUAUACGCCUAUGAAAUUGACGGCUAUGGCGGCCAUAAUCUCAUGGAUGAUGCUAAUAUCCCAUCGCUACUCGCCAUUCCACUAUGGGAUUACGAAAAUUCUUCAUUCCCACUACCAGAGCUAUUCGAAAGCGAUGGGCAACAAGGAGGGAAGAAAAUCCAAAUCGAUCACGCAAAAGUGUACAACAACACUCGAAACUUUGUCCUAAGUCAAGAAAAUCCCUAUUUCAUGCAAGGUCCCGCCAUCGCCGCAGUCGGAGGUCCCCAUCUAGGUCCAGGAAAAAGCUGGCCCAUGGCCGCCAUAGUCCGCGCUCUUACAGCCUUGGAAACGGCAUCGAAAUCAGGAAAAGGAAUCGCAAUUGUGGAAAAGGAAGUAGUAGAUCAGCUUAUGAUGGUACUAGAUAGUACAGGUGGAACGGGAGUUAUCCACGAGAGUGUCAAUGCGUGGAAUUCGAAGGAUUGGACACGAGCUUGGUUUGGAUGGGCGAAUGGACUUUUUGGGGAAUUGGUCAUGAGGAUUUCGAGGGAGGAUCAGAAGGCUGGGAAUGCAGGUGCAGGCUUGUUGGGGAGAAGUUGGCAGAAGGAGAAGGUGGAGGAGAAGGAGGGGCGUGCUAGUGGGAAUGCGUAGUGUCUUUGUCUUGAUAUACGUAUAGUGAGGAUUGAAAAUUGGAUGGUUAUGGUUGGCGUUUGCUAGGAUUGGGAUAUGGGUUAUAUGAUAGGAUAGGUAGUUCUGAUGUAUCAGUGAAUAUAUAAGACUUUGGAUCAUCAGCAAAAUUGAAUAUUAAGUUAUAUCGAUACCUAGAUAUAUAAUUGUAUCU